GAUCGCCAUGUUUUGCAAUUCUAGUAGUGUUAUGGUUUGAUAUGGCCUUCCCUAUCGCAUUGGUCUUCGCAAGCAUCAGCCAUCUUAUGGUUGUUACUAAUUCAUUGCGUUCGAUAAGCCAUUGCAAUUGUAUCUCGAUAACGACUGUCUUUUGAAUUUCAUUACUCGGCGCAUACGUGUUAUGGGAAAUGGUUUCCCUUAUCACCCACAUCCGAAUCAAAGGUGAAAAUUAAUGUUACAGUACAACGAGGUAUGGAACACGGCAGGCCGCAAUGCAUCGACGAAAUGAAAAGAAAGUCACGGAUCUUGACGAAAGGUAAACCUAUCAUUAGACGCAAUUAGUUGGUCGCAUCUUUCGGUUUUCUGUAUCAAUAUUGUUACAUCUCCCAGAAUGGGCGGAGAACAAUGAUCAGAAUGCUCACGUUGUCUCGACUCCGACGAACACGAAUAGCCUGAUCACUUAAAAUUCUCGCCACUUCUGCCGGUUCGCCUCUAUGCGCUAUCAGCUCUUGUCUCGCCAGAGCGAUGGCAUCUUGUGAUCGGAAGACAUCAAAAAGACCGUCACAAGCCAAAAGAAGAAAUUCAUCAUUAUGACUCAUCACCAGUGAUGCAAUUUCUGGCUCAGCACUUACAAGCGGUGCGGUGAGGUCUUUGGCUUCUGAGUUCUCGUUAAGUCCUCGGGCAAUCUCGUCCGCUUCAUCUUCUAGCAUCGCCUUAAUGCCCAUUUUGAAAGAUUUGUCUCCGAAGGCUCGGGUGAUUGCUAGCUCGCCCAUAACUCGUUUGUGCAAAAUAAAUCCACCCGCUGCUCGAACUCGGGCGGCUUCGUCUGGCCUACUUGGUUUGUGAUCACUGGUAAGUUCGACGCAUUGCCCACCCACACGGCACAGUACUACUCGACUGUCUCCGACGUUGGCAGCAAAUAACCGUCUGCCCAUGACAAUUAGAGUAGCUGCGGUGGAGCCACUCUGAGGAGCAUUUUUAGGAGUAAUAAAAUCUUUGUCCGUCUUUAGAUAAGCCUUCUUCAGUAUUUUCCGCAUUAAUUCCGAUGCAGCAUCUUCCGUCGCUUGUUCUGGUCGUGCCAUUGAUCGACUACUUUCAAUCGCAGCACUCAAUGCACUUCGUUCUGCGUACAUGUGUUCUCGAAUUUGAUGGGGUAGAGUUUCGACUAGGUAGUUCGAACAUUCGUCACCACCAUGACCAUCGAAUACUGCCGCAAAGGUUGUCAUUGCUAGUUCUUGCAAUGUAUCUUUUGGUUCAUUCUUGUGAUAACCGUGCUGAGGCUCGUAUAGUAAACUCUGGACAACAAUAGUUCGAUCUUCCAUCGUGGGGCGGGCGCCAAUAGCUUCAGAGAUUCCAUAGUCAAAUCGAUUCAAUGAAAAUCCUGUUCUACCAACAAUGAAUUCGUCUCCGAUCGCCAAAGACCCCAUUCCCCUGUAACCAUAUGGACCCACGAGUCUCAUAUACGUACCGUUCUGAUGUAAACGGCAAAUUAUCGAGCAAACCGACAUGCAACGUUAGUGCACAAUGUCACCAAAAAUGAAAUCUCUAAAAUUCAAAAGUACAGAGUUUGAACUUUCAGCCCAGCAACAGAAGUGAAAAACUUACAGUACUUUCCAAGUCUACCAAAACGAAACUACCGAUGCCAUUCAGCCGUGCCCCUCUCGCAUUCCGAUUUGGUAAAUAGACAAUUGCACCGUGUUUUCGGCUCAGUUCUCUGUCCAUGAUACAUAAAUCUGCCUCAUGGGCCCGACCAAAGACGAAGGGACACCUGGAUGCGUGAAUAUCGAUGAGUCUCCCCCUCAUUGGUCCUUUCGAGCAGUGAAUCGUGAUCUUUUGUUUUCCUUCGUUGACAUCUUCUACGUUAAACACAGAGUUUCCGGCCGCAAAGGAGGCGCCCUUGCACAAUAUCCAACGAUCGGCAUCUAAGGAUAAAAUCUGCGCCUCUCGGGUUGGACCAUCGGGGCCAUUUUUUCCGCUAAAUACCUUCGCUUUUCCUACCCUCACUGCAGCAUCGCCCCUGUCUCCUCGAAUGUGCCAUCCGGUCGUCAUUCCUGCUCGAAGGGCAUAUCCAGCAGCUUGUUCACCAUCAAAGUCAGACAAGCGGGCAAGGAUACCUGCAGAGGGUCCGGUCAUACUAUCAUCCAUACGUCUACAGAUAUCGUCCGCAUUGUUCGAAGAUGGAGGUCCAUUUCCUAUGGUAGUCUGCCUUCCGUAUAGGGUCCAAAAUGCCGUGCCGGGUUCCGGUUUACCCUCAUCCUCAUCUUCGGAGGUUGUAAAUUUGAGACAGACUCGGAAGAGCGAUCUCGUGUAUACUUCUCGGCUGUUAGCAAACUGCCUUCCUCCUCUAGACCAGCCUUCGUUUUCUCCUGAUCCCCCGGCACUGGCGGAUGUUGUUGAAGCAUGAUGGUUUGUCGCCAGGGCGUUUAAAUUUCUGUUGCUCGAGUCAGCAUUCGUUGUUGCCAUGUUGAGUUAAUAUGCUCGUUCUACUGUGCUUAAAUUGUUGUUGUUGCUUUGGUUCCUGUCCAACCAAACGAGUCCCAAUCAAUACACUGCUGCCUU